UUUCUUCCGACUAGUCCAAAACCCUUUUCCUACGCUCAACCGCCGUUUCAAACUUGUACACGAAACACCGCCUAUUUACACAGAAGAGAUACGCUCUCGCUCGCCUGUGCAAAUCCCUACCGGAGAAAAUGGGGAAGAACGACGGCAAGACCGGGUUGGGGAGAGCGCUGGUGAAGCACCACAACCAGAUGAUCAUUCAAUCCAAGGAGAAAGGUCGAUUCUACAGGCAGCAGAACAAGGUUCUCGAAUCCAUCACCGACGUGAACGACGUCGACGCCGUCAUCGGGCAGGCGGAAGAGGAAGAGCGUCUUCUCCUCGCCGGCGAACGUCCCGCCCCCAAUCGCCCCAUCAGUCUGGAUGGGCCGUCGAGUUCGAGUGCUAUGACGCCGGAGGAGAGAAGGGCGCAGCAGAAGGAAGCGGAGUCUUUGCAUGCUAAUAGCUUACGAGUUCCUCGCAGGCCAGCUUGGAACCCUGAGAUGUCGGUGGAGGUACUUGAUACUAAUGAAAGACAAGCUUUCCUAAUCUGGCGACGAAGCCUUGCAAGCCUAGAGGAGAAUGAGAACCUUGUUCUCACGCCAUUUGAAAAGAAUCUGGAUAUCUGGAGACAACUUUGGCGGGUGCUUGAGCGCAGUGAUCUUCUUGUGAUGGUUGUUGAUGCACGAGACCCUUUGUUCUAUCGUUGUCCUGAUCUCGAGGAAUAUGCACGAGAAAUCGAUGAGCAUAAGAGCACACUGCUCCUUGUAAACAAAGCCGAUCUUUUGCCAUUCUCUGUCAGAAAGAAAUGGGCUGAGUACUUCCGGCAACACGAUAUCCUUUUCCUAUUCUGGUCAGCCAAGGCCGCAACUGCACUUCUCGAGGGUAAAAAGCUGACCGGACCCACUGGUCGAGAACAGCCUGAUGAUGCCGAUACCAAAAUAUAUGGCAGGGAAGAGCUUCUAUCUCGUCUGCAGUCCGAGGCAGAAGCCAUAGUUUUGAGGAGGAAUAGAAACAACUCCCCCGCUAAAACUGUUACUGUGGGAUUCGUUGGGUACCCCAAUGUCGGCAAGAGUUCAACGAUCAAUGCCCUAGUCGGACAGAAGCGAACCGGCGUAACAUCGACCCCUGGGAAAACUAAACAUUUCCAGACGCUGAUAAUGUCGGAGGAGCUCACCCUGUGCGACUGCCCUGGUCUAGUGUUCCCUUCCUUCUCAAGCUCCAAAUACGAAAUGAUCUCCUCAGGAGUGCUGCCAAUCGACCGGAUGACCGAGCACAGGGAGGCCGUCCAGGUGGUUGCGAACCGUGUCCCACGACAUGUCAUCGAGGAUGUCUACCGGAUAACCCUGCCGAAACCAAAGUCGUACGAGUCUCAGUCUCGACCCCCAUUGGCAUCCGAACUUCUCCGAGCUUACUGUGCAUCCAGAGGGUACGUUGCUUCCAGUGGACUGCCUGAUGAGACCAAGGCUGCACGUCAGAUUCUGAAGGAUUAUAUAGACGGGAAGCUGCCCCAUUUUGAGAUGCCGCCUGGAAUGUCUGCUGACGAGGAUGGCGAUUCAGAUGCUGAUGAUGAUGACAGUGGGUCUGAGUUGGCUGAGUCGGACUCAUCGGACGUCGAGGAAGGAGUAGGGAAGCAUCCGCCACCUGCAAUGGAGCACGCCCUAGAUGAUUUGAACUCCUUCGACGUAGAGAAUGGGAUCGCGUCGAGGAAAGGCGCGGAGAAGAAGAAGUUGAAGGAAUCGUUCAAGCAGCACAAGAAGCCUCAGAGGAAGAAGGAUCGGUCGUGGCGGACGAAGACCGACGACGUGGAUGGGAUGCCGGUGGUGAGAGUCUACCAGAAGCCUCUCAAUACAGGUCCGGCGAAGACGGCGUAAUAUUAGUUUUGUGAUGUAUGUAUUGCCGGCCUUGUCCGUGUUUGUAUUCAGGACGGGGAACAUAUCAACCUACAAAACAAUAUAGGACAAGCACCCAAAACAUUCUCCAGUUGACAUCUCAACGGUUUCUGUUUGUUUUUAGUUUGUGUUGCCGUCUGAUUUACUGAUGAUUCCCUGCAGCCUGGGUAACGGCGAUGAGAGCUAACGGAGAAUGGGUCUUACCUUGAAAAGACGAACGAUUUUUUUGCUGAGAAGAAAAUGACAUUUUUCAAGGAGAUUAUUCUAUUGAAAGGUAUGAAUUUGGGCCUCUUUUGGAUAGGGA